CCCUGUAAAUUGUCAAAGAAUUUAGUAGUUAGGAUAGAUUGUUUACUAUAAACUCGGUAUUAUAUACGACUUUCAAACUUGUAUAAUUAAUCACAUUUUCUUAAUUAAGAUUGCAUUCUCUGUUCACGUAAAAUGCCUCCCUUAAUAGAACAUUUGCGAGAUUCGAGUGGAGAUUCAGAUUCAGACAGCGGAUCAGCAUCCUCAGCUUCAAGCCGUAGUGCCAGUCCCGCAUCUCAUGCAGCAGCGCCCACCCCAGGUGGAGCAAGAAGUGAGCGAUCAGAAGAUGAGAGACCACGUUCUGCAGCCUCCAAUGGCAGUGGCAGUGGACCAGCAAGCCCCAGAACUCAAAAGUCCACUAGCGCAUCGCCGGCCAGGUCAGAAAACAAAUCCGGUUCUCACAGAUCCCAAACUGGUUCUCCACAUUCAGCGCGUUCAGCAAGUCCCACUUCGCAAAAAACUGGCAGAUCUCGCUCUGGAUCUGCUCAAAGUGCCAGGUCCGAAAGUCCAGGCUCUCCCACAAGUCGCAGAUCUGGAAAAUCCCAUUCCCGUUCUCCCGGUCAAAAAUCAAAAACUCCAGGAUCCCCGCAUUCCAAUGCUUCCGGCUCAGCUCCUGGAUCCCCUCAAAGCAACAAAUCCGCUUCUCCAAAAAGCAGGAGAUCUGGCAGUCCAGCAAGCAGAAGGUCACACACAAGUAGGAGAUCUGGAAGUCAAACAUCUCACACAAGCAGGCGAUCAGGCAGUCAAACUUCCCACGCUAGUCGAAGAUCAGGAAGUCAAACUUCACAUGCAAGUAGGAGAUCGGGAAGUCAGACUUCAAAUGCUAGUAGGAGAUCCGGAAGUAGGGCUUCCCCUGAGAGCAGGAGGUCUAGAAGUCGAGCAUCUCGGGCUAGCAGAAGAUCUGGAAGUCAGACUUCGCACGUUAGUAGAAGAUCUGGAAGUAAAACAUCUCCCGCUGGCAGAAGAUCAGGAAGUCGAGCCUCGCGUACUAGCAGACGGUCUGGAAGUCGAGCCUCUCAUGUCAGCAAAAGAUCCGGAAGCCAAGCCUCUCAUGCCAGCAGAAGGUCUGGAAGUCGAGCAUCUCGUUCUAGCAAAAGAUCCGGAAGCCAGACUUCGCACGCUAGUAGAAGAUCUGGAAGUAAAACUUCUCCCGCUAGCAGAUCAGGAAGUCAUGCCUCACGUACUAGCAGAAGAUCUAGAAGUCGAGUAUCUCGUGCUAGCAAAAGAUCGGGAAGUCAAUCCUCUCGUGCCAGCAGAAGGUCUGGAAGUCGAGCAUCUCGUUCUAGCAAAAGAUCCGGAAGUCAAACCUCUCAUACGAGCAGAAGGUCUGGAAGCCAAGCCUCUCGUGCCAGCAAAAGAUCUGGAAGUCAAGCCUCUCAUACCAGUAAAAGAUCUGGAAGUCAAGCCUCUCAUACCAGCAAAAGGUCUCGAAGUAGAGCGUCUCGUUCUAGCAAAAGAUCCGAAAGUCGAGCCUCUCUUGCCAGCAAAAGGUCUGAAAGUCGAGCCUCUCGCGUCAGCAAAAGGUCUAGAAGUCGAGCUUCUCGAUCUGACAGUCGGACCUCUAGGAGAUCUGGAAGCCAGACAUCUCAUACGAGUAAAAGAUCAGGAAGUCAUACUUCGAGGACAAGUAGGCGAUCUAGUUCUGCCGGUUCUGCAAAAUCACAUGGCAGUCCAAAGUCCAGAAGAUCUGCGAGUCCCAAGGAUAGAAGUGAAAAUGAGUCUGAGAAAUCUUUGAAAAUCGCAGGAGAUGGCCAAGAUAAAAAAUCUGAGGAUGGAAGCGACGUCGAGGGUCCAAGUCGCAAACGUAAAGAAAGCGAAAAAUCUGAAGCAGAGAUGGACCCGGUCCUCAAGAAGAAACGGGCGCUGAUCGAUUCUGAUUCAGAGCCUGAACCCGAGAAAGAAACAGGUCCAGAGCCGACGGCUGAUGCACUUUUUGGAGAUGCGAGCGAUAUCAGUACUGAUGAUGAAAAAGAUAAAACUGAAGAAACAACGGUGCAAGAAAGAAGAAGCAAAAGUCGAAGUCGUAGCAAAAGUCGCAGCAAAAGUAGGAGUAGAAGUAGGAGCAGAAGUAGAAGUCGCGGUCGUUCUGAUAGUGGAGGAGAAGGACCUAGUACACAAAAACCAUUAAUCGAGGAUGAUGAAGAGAAGGAAAAGGAAGAUGAGGUAGAGCCUCCGCCCGAAACGAGAAUCGACGUUGAAAUUCCCAAAAUUAGUACCGAUCUCGGUAAGGAGAUUCACUUUGUAAAACUGCCAAAUUUUUUGUCCGUCGAAACAAGACCUUUCGACCAUGAAACUUAUGAAGAUGAAAUCGACGAGGAGGAAACUCUCGAUGAAGAGGGUCGAGCCAGAUUGAAACUUAAGGUCGAGAAUACAAUCCGCUGGAAGGACGUUUUCACGGAGAGUGGAAAAAUGGUCAAGGAAAGCAAUGCCAGAUUUGUCCGGUGGUCAGAUGGCAGCAUGUCUCUUCACCUCGGCUCCGAAAUUUUCGAUGUCUAUAAGCAACCUCUGCAGGGCGAUCACAAUCAUCUUUAUAUUCGACAGGGAACUGGUCUGCAAGGCCAGGCCGUUUUCAGAACCAAGUUGACUUUCAGGCCUCACUCGACAGAGUCCUUUACGCACAGGAAGAUGACCAUGUCUUUGGCUGAUAGAUCUCAAAAGACAUCUGGAAUCAAGGUCCUUUCCCACGUCGGCUCGAAUCCGGACCAAAACAAACACGAGAUGAUCAAGAAAGAAGAAGAGAAACUGCGAAUGGCGAUGCGGGUUCAGACAAAAAACACCAAGACACCGACUGGGAAAAGAAGUGCGGGUCGCGCGUCUGCCGGAUACGCAGCAGAUUCAUAUCAUGAUGAAGGUUCAGAUGAUGAAGGUGCCAUUUCUCUCGCAGCGAUUAAGAGCCAGUACAAGAAAGGUGGGGCGGCUAGUAAUAAAAUAGCUUCCAAUAUAUAUUCCUCCGAUGAAGAUGGCUCAGACGUUGAAGCCGUGAGGCCAAAGAAAAACGUAAAAAGCAAGGCAAUACAGGAUUCCGACGAGUCCAAUUCUGGGUCUGAAAGUGGAUCUGGCAGUGGAGGAGAAGCUGAGGAAGCUGCUGAAAAUGAUGCUAGUGAUUAAAGAACAAUAUCUCGAGUUACAGUUAAUUAUUCUCCAUGUAAAUAGGGGUACAUUUUUCUCAUUUAGUUGACAAGAAUAUAAAAAAGUGUUUGAAAUUAGUUUUAAAUUUGGACUUUUUCUAUACUGAUUUUGUUCUACAUCGUGGUAAUUUGUUUUGUAUUAAUUGAAAAAAUACAUUCAGUUACUGG